AUGCCUAGGUCUACUGGGUCACGAUACACGAAUCCGUACAGAAGCGUAGCAGCAUUCACUCGCUGUCCUUCGAUUCUUCGCUCAGUCACAUCAAAAAAUGCUUAUCGCUGGAAUACCGUGCAUGUACAACUGCCUCCAGGAACCACCCAUGUGAGCAGACAAGAAUCUCUUUUGUGUUUUGUUUCCACCGAUUUUGAUGCCAUUGCGUUAGCUCCAGAAUGUGCUUGA